AUGAGUUUUAACAAAGCUAUCAUAAGAUUCUAUUAAUUUUUGAAAUAAUUAAAAGGUUAAACAAUAUCUGUUCAUGAAAUCAAGUUAAUAAGAAGUUCUUUGCAGGAAUAUGUUAAUAAAAUUAUUUAUUAAAAUAAAAUUAAGGUUUUUUAUUCAAUCAUCAAGAUGUAGAUGUAAAACGGUAUAUUAUUGAGUUUUUUCAUCAUAUUUGAACAGAUUAGAUGA